AUGUCCUCAGUCAGUGAAGUGAAUGUUGAUAUCAAAGAUUUCCUAAUGAGCAUUAAUUUGGAGCAGUACCUCUUCAACUUCCGUGAAUUUGGUUUUAAUAAUGUGAGGGACUGUGCAGACAUAAAUGACAGCGUGCUCCUCAAAAUUGGAAUAUCACCUACAGGACACCGGAGGAGGAUACUUAAACAGUUACAGAUAAUCCUGUCAAAAAUGCAAGAUAUCCCAAUAUAUGCAAAUAUUCACAAAACAAAGAAGAAUGAUGAGACUUCAGAGGAUCACCAGGCUCCAUCUUCUGCUCAGAAUACCUGCUUAGAAUUUUCAGAUUCACACAGUGUUCAGAUAUCUAGCCCAAGACAGUUGCAGACUGUUACAAAAAAUGUUGGAGAACAUGAGGUUUGUGUGGAAAAUAGCCAGUCUCUUAAAUCAGAUGAUAAGCUGACUCUUCCUACACACAACUUUCCCAUUCCAGAAGACGAACCACACUCGAAUUCAGGUUCUUUUCAAGAUUCUUUACUUAGUAGUGAAAUUACCAAAGUAGAAUCUUUGAUAACAGAGAAGACUGUGGGCUGUAUAACUGAAGAACAAACAGAAAGAGUUGAUCUGAUUUCAGAAAAUGUAGGCAAGCUUCCUAAUGCAGACCUUGAAUUCCUUUCCUCCCAUGACUCUUCAGUAUCAGAAGCAAAUUCUGGAAAUGGAACUAGCGUUUCAUUAGAAAGCUCGCCACCAUCACCAUUCUUUCAGUUUCAAGGAGAAAUGGUUGUAAAUGAUCUGUACGUGCCAUCAUCACCAGUCCUAACACCUAUGAGAAGUCGUAGCAAGUUGGUUUCAAGACCAUCUCGAUCUUUUCUGCUAAGACAUCGGCCGGUACCAGAGAUUCCAGGAUCAACAAAGGGAAUUUCAGGGAGCUAUUUCCGUGAGAGAAGAAAUGUUGCUACCUCAACUGGAAAAUCUGUGACACAGCAAAAUACAAAUGAGGAGAAUUCAUCUUCCAUUUUACCUUAUGGAGAGACCUUUCUUUUCCAGAGACUAGAAAAUUCCAAGAAGAGAUCUAUAAAGAAUGAAUUUUGGACCCAGGAAGAAACACUCAAAGGGGAAACAACUACUGAAAGAAACUCAUUUUUUGUCAAAUCAAGCAUAUACGAUAACAGGACGGAAAAUAUAAGUGAAGACAAAGUAGAAGAUAUUUGGAUACCUCGAGAGGAUAAAAGCAAUCUUCCUAUAGACUCUGAUUCAGAAUCAGAGUAUUCAACAGUAGAAGAAUGCUUUCAGAGUUUAAGAAGAAAAAAUUCAAAGCCAUCUAAAUCAAGGAACCAAAAGGCAGUGAAUUUGGACCCUGUUAAUAGGCACAGUUAUCCACUAAGUUCAACAAGUGGAAAUGCUGACUCACCAGUUAUUUCCUCAAAUGUAAUAUCUCCCUAUGCCUGUUUUUAUGGAUCAUCUACAAGGAAGGUUAAAUCCGGAUGGCUUGACAAACUCUGUCCCCAAGGAAAACGCAUGUUUCAGAAGAGAUGGGUGAAAUUUGAUGGCCUUAGCAUUUCUUAUUAUAAUAACGAUAAGGAGAAGUAUUCAAAAGGAAUAAUCCCCCUUUCUGCUAUAUCUACGGUACGAGUUCAAGGAGACAACAAAUUCGAAGUUGUUACAACACAAAGAACUUUUGUUUUUAGAGUAGAAAAAGAAGAGGAAAGAAAUGACUGGAUCAGCCUACUAUUAAAUGCACUGAAGUUACAGGCCCUUUCUUCGCAGUCUCAAGCUGCUAUUGCACCUGAGAAAUGUGGAUAUCUUGAACUGAGAGGCUAUAAAGCUAAAAUUUUUACUGUGUUAAGUGGAAACAGUGUGUGGCUUUGCAAAAAUGAACAGGAUUUUAAGAGUGGACUUGGUAUUACCAUAAUCCCUAUGAAUGUAGCAAAUGUAAAACAAGUGGACCGAACUGUAAAACAGUCUUUUGAAAUAAUCACUCCCUAUAGGAGUUUUAGCUUUACCGCCGAGUCUGAAAAAGAGAAGCAGGAGUGGAUUGACGCUGUGCAGCAAUCAAUAGCAGAAACUCUCUCUGAUUAUGAAGUAGCCGAGAAGAUUUGGUACAAUGAGUCCAACAGGAGCUGCGCAGAUUGCAAAGCCCCAGAUCCCGACUGGGCCUCCAUCAACCUCUGUGUUGUCAUCUGCAAGAAGUGUGCAGGGCAACAUAGAUCUUUAGGACCAAAAGAUUCCAAGGUUAGAAGUCUGAAAAUGGAUGCCAGCAUUUGGAGCAAUGAGCUCAUUGAGCUUUUUAUUGUCAUUGGAAACAAAAGAGCUAAUGACUUUUGGGCUGGUAAUCUUCAAAAAGAUGAAGAAUUACACAUGGACUCUUCAGUAGAAAAGAGAAAAAAUUUUAUCACUCAGAAGUACAAAGAAGGAAGAUUCAGAAAAACCCUUUUGGCGUCUCUUACCAAGGAAGAAUUAAAUAAGGCUCUGUGUGCCGCUGUGGUGAAACCAGAUGUUCUGGAAACAAUGGCUUUGCUGUUCAGUGGAGCAGAUGUCAUGUGCGCGACAGGUGAUCCUGAGCACAGCACCCCCUAUCUGCUGGCCAAGAAGGCAGGGCAGAGUCUGCAGAUGGAAUUUCUCUACCACAACAAAUUCUCAGAUUUCCCUCAACAUGACACGUAUUCUGAAGGUGGAUUAAAUCAAGAGUCCUCCCAGUCUACGUUCCUCUGUGACUUUUUGUAUCAGGCUCCUGCUGGUGCUUCUAAACUCUCUUCAGAAAAAAAACUGCUUGAAGAGACAAAUAAAAAGUGGUGUGUUCUAGAAGGAGGCUUCUUGAGUUACUAUGAAAAUGAUAAGUCUACCACACCUAAUGGCACCAUUAAUAUCAAUGAAGUCAUCUGCCUGGCUGUGCACAAAGAAGACUUCUGUUUAAAUACUGGGCCUAUCUUUACUUUUGAGAUUUAUUUACCCUCAGAACGUGCAUUUUUAUUUGGAGCUGAAACAUCUCAAGUGCAAAGAAAAUGGACAGAAGCAAUAGCCAAGCAUUUUGUUCCCUUUGUUGCUGAAAACUUAACAGAAGCUGACUAUGAUUUGAUUGGUCAACUCUACUACAAAGACUGCCACGCCCUGGAUCAGUGGAGAAAAGGCUGGUUUGCAAUGGACAAAUCUAAUUUGCGUUUUUGCCUUCAAAUGCAAGAAGGUCAAGAGGAUAGAAUGCACUUAAGGAGACUACAAGAACUAACAAUUAGCACAGUGGUUCAAAAUGGGGAAAAAUUGGAUGUUUUGCUCUUGGUAGAAAAAGGGAGAACAUUAUACAUCCAUGGGCAUACCAAGUUGGAUUUCACAGUCUGGCAUACUGCAAUUGAAAAAGCAGCAGGUACAGAUGGGAAUGCAUUACAAGACCAGCAGCUCAGCAACAAUGACGUUCCCAUUAUCGUGAACAGCUGUAUAGCAUUUGUUACACAGUAUGGUUUAGGAUACAAAAAUAUCUAUCAAAAGAAUGGUGAUCCAUUACAUGUAAGUGAACUCCUGGAGAGUUUCAAAAAGGAUGCAAGAAGCUUUAAAUUGAGGGCUGGAAAACAUCAACUUGAAGAUGUGACAGGCGUAUUGAAGAGUUUUCUCUCUGACAUUGAUGAUGCACUUCUCACUAAGGAACUCUACCCGUAUUGGAUCUCCGCCUUAGAUACCCAAGAUGACAAGGAGAGAAUUAAAAAGUAUGGAGCAUUUAUACGUACUCUUCCUGGGGUGAACCGGGCAACCUUGGCAGCUAUAAUUGAACACCUUUACAGGGUUCAGAAAUGCUCAGAAAUCAAUCACAUGAGUGCCCACAAUUUGGCCUUGGUUUUUUCCUCCUGUUUGUUUCAAACUAAGGGACAAACUAGUGAAGAAGUGAAUGUAAUCGAGGACUUAAUUAAUAAUUAUGUUGAAAUUUUUGAGGUUAAAGAAGACCAAGUCAAACAAAUGGACAUAGAGAAUAGCUUUAUUACCAAGUGGAAAGACACUCAAGUUUCCCAGGCUGGAGAUUUGUUAAUUGAAGUAUAUGUAGAAAGAAAGGAGCCUGACUGCAGUAUUAUAAUUCGGAUAUCUCCUGUGAUGGAAGCAGAAGAGUUAACUAAUGACAUAUUAGCAAUAAAAAAUAUAAUUCCUACAAAAGAUGAUAUCUGGGCCACAUUUGAAGUAAUAGAAAAUGAAGAGCUUGAACGUCCUCUUCACUACACAGAAAAUGUGUUGGAACAGGUGCUUCGAUGGAGUUCAUUAGCUGAACCUGGCUCUGCUUAUCUUGUAGUGAAGAGAUUCUUAACCAUUGACACGAUUAAACACUACAAUGAGAGGAAGGCCCUGGAAAAUAUCAAAGAGGGAGUCUUGAAAGUCAAAGAAGAACCAUCUAAAAUACUCUCUGGAAAUAAGUUUCAAGAUCGGUAUUGUGUUUUACGAGAUGGGUACCUCCUUCUUUACAAGGAUCUGAAGAGUAGCAAACCUGAUAAAAUGUUUUCUCUCAGUUCUGUGAAGUUUUAUCUUGGAGUGAAAAAGAAGAUGAAGCCUCCAACAAGCUGGGGAUUGACAGCAUAUUCUGAAAAACAUCACUGGCACCUGUGUUGUGAGAGUUCACAAACUCAAACGGAGUGGAUGGCCAAUAUCUUUAUUGCCCAGCAUGAAAAUGAUAUAUGGCCACCAGCUGGAAAGGAACGAAAACGUUCUAUAACCAAAAAUCCCAAAAUUGGAGGUUUGCCUCUGAUUCCCAUCCAGCAUGACAGAAAUGCAACACAAGCCCGGAGAGAGAUUGAGAGUGCAAAAGCAGAACUCGAAAGGCUGCGGCUAGGGGCCAAGCGUGACCAAGGUGGGGAUGGCACCUUAAAGGAGAAAGCCUCCAUCGUGGCCCAGUGCCUGGAGCAGAAGGACGAGAAGCUUCGAAAUCGAACCAGAAAACACCGGAGUUUCAACUGUCUGGAGGACACAGAGGCUGAGGUCUUUCCAGGGCGACAGAAAGGCCAUAAAGGCCUAAAGACACUGAGGAAGACCGAGGACAGGAAUGGCAAAGAUACUUUGGACUGCAAUAAUAAGUUACCACCAAAAGUCAUCGAAGAGCUUAGCGUGGUUCUCCAGCGAUCAAGAACUGUUCCCAAAGAGGUACAGGCUGAGCAGGUGGUGCAGAAGGAAAUAAAAUGA